ACAAGAUUGUACGAUACACAGUGUUUUGAAUUAGGUUUACGGUGGUUGUUUUGUUUCGUCUCCAGAUUAAAUCGUUUCUCUCCUUGCGCAGCUGACCUUCCAUCUCCUCCAUCGCAAGACCUCAUAAACUGAACGAGUGUCUUUAAUCCCUCCAUUAAUCUAUCAACCACGAUCUGGAUGCAAUGCGAUAUUUGAUGUCCGAUGCGUUUGAGACGACUAUAAGAAGUCUGGUGGCUCCUCCUCCACCGUCGAAGUGCGCUUGCUUCGCUUCUGGGAGGCUAGAAACGUCUGCCGUGGUGGAGAACUCAUGGGCGUCGACAUGCUCUUGCUCGACUCUCAGUCAACCAUGAUGCCGGCUACCGUUAAUGUUAACCGAUUUUGAAGUCACACGUUGUAACCAGAAUUAUCGCCUGUCAGACUCUUCUCUACUAAUCCGGUUUACCGACUCCACCUCUUUCAAGAAGGUCGCCGAACCAGCCGUUCCGAUACCUCUUGAAUCAUUCCUGUUCCGUAACUACAGUGAGAUGCUUGGUCUUGCUAACUCCAACAAUCAAUUACCGGGUAAUGCUCCUCUUAUUAUCUCUUCUGAUUACAUAUAUAAGGAUAUCUGAUAGUCUUUUGCUCACAAAUCUUAUUGGUGAGAUUACUGCUGUCAAGAGUACGGUCACUGACCCUCCUCAGGACAAUAAUCGUGUCAUGGCGACCAUUAGGAUGGAGAAUGACACAUCUGUGACUAUGAGCCUCUUUGACGCUCAGGCUGUUAAGAUUCAUAAUCAGCUGGAGCAGAUGGGAGUGGAUCCAAGGGUUGUCGUUGCAACCAGUGUGAACCCGAAGAUUGUGGGAGGGCGUCUGUUUUUGAACGCCACAUCCGGCACACACAUCUAUUUCGACAAGCAAACAGAUGCAGGGGAACAAUUGUUUUACAGGUUGGUUGAGCAAGACACUGGGCUCCCGCCAGUAGCUCCGCUGCUAAAGAGUUAUGCUAAGGUGGAGAAGCUGAGUAUAUCUGAGCUCAAUGAUUUUGUCGUCACUGCUACGUCUCAGGAAAUUGAUUUCAUUUGUGCCGGAAAGGUGACUGGAGUCAAAUUGGACAAGGGGUGGUGCUAUGUUUCCUGUUCAAAAUGUUUCAAGAAACUCCAACGGUCUGUCUCAUCUCUCACGUGUCUGUCUUGCAACACCACCAGUGCAGUUGGUUUUUCGGUAUGUACUGACCCUAAGCAGCUUAAUCAUCUACGUUUAACUAACUGUGUGAUUUGAAAAUUUUAUAUGCACUAGAUACCGUGUCGAGAUGUCAAUCGCAGACGAGACUGGUGAGGGUUUGUUUGUUGCCUUUGAUGGAGUUAUUGCGAAGCUCCAUAACAUGAGGGCCCAUGAAGCUGCCAACCUCUUGGCUGGUGAUGAUGUCAACCCCGAAGAAACUGAUGCUCCUCCGUUUGUUCGAGACAUGGAAGGAAAGUCAUACACGUUUCAGGUGAAGGUGGGCCCAUACAAUUUCACAGCAAAUCAUCAAAGCUUUACCAUCUCACGCAUUCUCGGCGAGGGUGAACGUGCGCCACAGCCUGAGUUCGUUGAAGAUGGUGGUGACGAUGACAAUGGAGAUGACAACAACGGUGCUAGCUUGGUGAGACGUAAGAUGGAGGGUGGUGGAUGUAGCAAGUCCGCAGGACCAUCUGCUAAGUCUAAGAAGGCACGGAAGGCAUAAGUGGGAAGGCAGAUAUCCCUUCUCAAUAAUAAUAAAGUUUUUUUUCUCUUAUGGACAAGUAUGCAUUUGGUAUUUCCGUAUUUAUUAUUUCAUGUUUUGUGAUAGCUUAUAAUUUUAUCUACAAUUAUUAAAAAUCGAAUUAUUUUGCAAAAAUGAUAUUGUUUAUUUUCUUUGGGAAUAAUCCAGCUAGCAUUACAUAACAUCAACUUACAAUAUAAUAUUUUUAUUUGCUUAUUCGUUUUCAUUAUGUGAAUUUAGUAUAUUUGUCCACUUAUUACCUUCAUGGUGAUUAGCAUGUUCCUAUAAAAAAAAUCAAACAAAUAGAUCAUUGUUUUGGCGGUGGUUUCUUUGCGUUACUGAGUUCAUAAAGUACAAGCGCUCCUGACAAUAUAUAUUGUUUAUUUUCUCUUUAUUGACAUUUGAGUUGUUUCUUUGUAACAAGUAUCCAUUACGAAGUUCCCUUCUACUUCGUAUUAUUCGAUUUUAAGUUAUGUGCUAUCUUAUGGCUUUAGCUAUAUUUAUAAAAGAUCUAAUUAUUUUGGCAGAAAUGUUAACAUCAAUCACUUGGUUGAUCACCGAACCGAGAUUGAUAUUGUAAACAUAUGUUCCUUUUUAAUAUUAUAUCUCAUGAGUCAUCUCUAAUCUGACUUUUUUAUGAUGCAAGAAGUUCUUGGGCUCCUUCUGCAAGGUGUAGUUGCUUCCAAAAUUUCUGCUCAACUCUUACCUUGGUCAUAUGCUGGAGGAUAUUUGGAUAUCUUCCUCCAUUCAUUAAGAAACAGGUCGACAUGAGACUUCUCUUUGUUUUACACCAAAGCAAAAAAUAUGGAUGCUUAAAAGAUACUCUUUUUUGUUGUUGCAGCUACUUCUCCAUCUUCAGCCUCAUGAUGCUGCUCAGCUAUCCCAUGUAAGAAUAAGAAAAAUAUGGUAUCUGUCAUCUUUUUAAUGUAGGAGAUGACGAGUCCCACAUCAAAUGGUACUUUAGAAGUUAUAGAAAGCAACAAAAUUGAGUCAAUGCCAAAGUUUUCAUGGUGAGUCUAAUGAAGGUUGUUAUAGCACGGUUGAUAAAUGGUGGUAGGGUCAUGGUGAGGGCAGAGACUGAAUGGCAAGGAGCUGGUGUGGUCACGGCUUGGCAGUGAUGGCUGUAUGACUUAAAAAAAACACAGAUCAAAGCAGAUGAGAGAAGAGAAGGAAUCAUAGGUAAGGAAGAGAAGGGAGAAGAUAGUUUGAAGAUAGGUUUUUGCGUAUACAUAAAGAUAAGUUACUUUUUUGGUUUAGCUGCAAUUUGGUUCAGUAUUUGUUUUUGUCGACUAAUUAUUUGAUAGUAACGUAGAACUAAAAUAAAAGUUCUGCUAGAUAUGUAACUUUAUUAUUAUAAAUGUAUUUAUUUAUGAAAAUAUUUUUAAUUAUUAUAAGACAAAUUUUCAACAGAUAAGAGUACAUAACAAUAUUUUAUGUUGUGUAUGCUUUUUCAAAAUAUAUUAUAUAUAUUUAGACCAAAAACUAUAUAUUAUAUUUUGAAUUUUUACAACCUUAACCAGACGCAAGGUCUAUGUGCAAUGGUACGAGAAUGAUGGUCAUGCUAACAUGGUUCUUGAAGCUGAGAUCAUGACUGGUACAGAGGUUGGUGAUUAUUGAACCUAAAAACAACAAUAAAAACUCGAAUAAUAAUACACUGAAACUGAAUAAUAAAAUUUUAUUAAAAAUACAGGUACAUUCAAUAUAAACAAAAUAAAAAUUAAUCAAUAUUUUGAUUAUUGAACCUAAAAACAACAAUAAAAACUCGAAUAAUACUUACUAUGUAUAAAAAAAUUGAACAAACAUUUAAUAAAUGUAUACCAUUUCAAUCAUUAAAAUCGUAUCAUGUUAAUACAACUUUAUAAUCUCUAAUAAGAAUAAUGAAAAAAUAAAGAAAAAUUUAGACAUAUGCGAAGAUAAUGUAAAAUGUGUUUACAUUAUAAAGAAAUUUAAUAAAAAGAGAAAGAUAAUAACUAAAAUAGUAUUAUGUAAUUAAAAUAUAUUUGAGAACAAAUAAAAAUACAAAA